AUGCCAGAGUCUUCUGCCGCCCGCGACCCUGACUGGCGGCCCAAGGCCAUCGUGUUCGACCUCCUCACAGGUCUGCUGGACUCGUGGAGCCUGUGGGACGCCUCCACCCCGUCAGGAACCGCAGCAGAAGGACGGCCUUGGCGCGCACGCUACCUCAAGCUCACCUUCGAGGCGGGCAGCUACUCUCCAUACGAGGACUUUGUCAGACAAGCAGCAAGAGAUGUUGGCUUGCCCGAUUCAGCUCCUGAAGCCCUGCUCCGGGACUGGGCCAAUCUGCAGCCGUGGCCUGAGGCUGGCGAGACCCUGAGGCAGCUGAAAGAGAAUGGCUACGAACUUGGCGUGGUCACCAAUUGCUCGAAGCAAAUGGGCAACUUGGCAGCCUCCAACGUCGCCAAGCAGGUUGAUCCAGUGGCAGGGCAGGCCUUCAAAGCCGUCGUGACAGCUGAGGAGAGCGGUUUCUACAAGCCCGUCGGGAAAGCGUACGAGGCUAUCCUAGAGGCGCUGGGUGUGAAGGCCACGGAGGCGCUGUUUGUUGCUGGCAGUGCUGGAGACGUUGAAGGUGCCACAGCUGUCGGCAUGAAGGUUGUGUGGCAUAACAAAGCUGGGCUGGAAAGGAAGGGAAGCGCGAUCGCCCUGAGAGAGUCCGAUACGCUCAAUGAUGCCUUACGAAACUUCAUAUAA